ACGCGCUUUGCGCAGGCGUACUUUUGUCGGGCGCUUUGAAAACCUUAUUGCGCCUGCGCAGCGCGUCCUUCGUGUUCUUCGACGCUUCGCCGGGCGCCAUGGACGACGAGGAGGAGACGUACCGCUUGUGGAAGAUCCGGAAAACCAUCAUGCAGGUCUGGGCGGGCGGGCAGGGAGAAGGGGAGCAGGGAGCGGGGGUCGGAAGAGACCGGGAACGAGGUGGGGGGAGGGGGCUGAAGAGGGGGGGGGCUCCCUUUAAUCGCGCAUGCGCAGUACUUCGGAAGCCUACCUGGCAGGGCCGUUGUGCGAAGACAGUCCUGGAGGGGAAUUAAGGGUCAUGUCCAUAGCUGUCCACUUUCAGAUUUGAAAAUAAGGGAUCAGCAGCCUCACCUGUCCCUAGGCCCUCCUGUCUUCCACUGCCUCCCGCAGUUUGGUCAAACUCAUGCUGGUCUCUUCGAGAACACUGUCCCACCAUCUCGUCCUCCGUCGUCCCCUUCUCCUUGUGCCCUCCAUCUUUCCCAACAUCAGGGCCUCCAAGACCACAUAACAUUGGUCUUGAAAGACCUUCAUUAGCUCCCAGGACGUUUCCGAGCAAAAUUCAAAGUGUUGGUGCUGACCUUGAAAGCCCCAAACGGCCCAGUAUCCCUGAAGGAGCAUCUCCACCCCCGUCAUCCUGCCCGGACACUGAGGUCCAUCUCCCGAGGGCCUUCUGGCAGUUCCCUCCCUGCGAGAAGCGAGGUUACAGGGAACCAGGCAGAGGGCCUUCUCGGUGGUGGCGCCCGCCCUGUGGAACGCCCUCCCGUCAGAUGUCAAGGAAAUAAACAACUAUCUGACUUUUAGAAGACAUCUGAAGGUAGCCCUGUUUAGGGAAGCUUUUAAUGUUUGGUGUUUCGUUGUUGUUUAGUCGUUUAGUCGUGUCCACCUCUUGGUGACCCCCUGGACCAGAGCACGCCAGGCCCUCCUGUCUUCCGCUGCCUCCCACAGUUUGGUCAAACUCAUGCUGGUAGCUUCGAGAACACUGUCCCACCAUCUCAUCCUCCGUCGUCCCCUUCUCCUUGCGCCCUCCAUCUUUCCCAACAUCAGGGUCUUUUCCAGGGAGUCUUCUCUUCUCCUGAGGUGGCCAAAGUCUUGGAGCCUCAGCUUCAGGAUCUGUCCUUCCAGUGAGCACUCAGGGCUGAUUUCCUUCCGAAUGGAGAGGUUUGAUCUUCUUGCAGUCCAUGGGACUCUCAAGAGUCUCCUCCAGCACCAGAACUCAAAAGCAUCCAUUCUUCGGCGAUCAGUCCAGCUCUCACUUCCAUACAUCACUACUGGGAAAACCAGAGCUUUAACUAUACGGACCUUUGUUGGCAAGGUGAUGUCUCUGCUUUUUAAGAUGCUGUCUAGGUUUGUCAUCGCUCUUCUCCCAAGAAGCAGGCGUCUUUUAAUUUUGUGACUGCUGUCACCACCCUGCUUUCCAAACAACACAAAAGCUAAAAAAAAACCCCGGAACAGAUUGACAUUACUAUCCCAAAAGUGGGAAUUUAAGUGUCUUACCCCCUCCAUACACACACAUACUUUCCUUCCCCCCUCGAGACUUUUGGAGGGAAAGCGGGGGAGAAAUGCGCCCAGCGAGGAAAUAGCUUUAUCUGUUUAUUUAUUUUAUCUAUUUAUUCAUUAUCUAUCUAUUUAUUUAUUUAUUUAUCUAUUUAUCUAUCUAUUUAGGGAGGUUUGAUCUUCUUGCAGUCCAUGGGACUCUCCAGAGUCUCCUCCAGCACCAGAAUUCAAAAGCUUCCAUUCUUUGGCCAUCAGCCUUCUUGAUGGUCCAGCUCUCACUUCCAUACAUCCCUACUGGGAAAACCAGAGCUUGAACUAUACGGACCUUUGUUGGCAAGGUUUUUUCCUCCCACCUCCCCCUACUGCACAGCCUCCCCAAGGAACCCUUUCUUCUCCUCAUCCCUCUUUCCUCUUGUGCUGUGUCUUCCCUACCCUCUCAGUGCCCUGUCUCUUGGGCUUCCUGGAGGAACCGACCUCUGUGAGAAUGAGAUGUUGGGCUCUUCCUUUGACCCAGCUGCUGCAGGGAUCUCUUUAUAUCCCGCGCUGGCUCUCAAGAUGCCCUCUGAAUAAAUGGACCUCUCACUCCCCUCUUGUUCUUCCUUACUUCCAAAUCGCUCCAGCUGUGUCACGAUCGAGGUUACCUGGUCACCCAGGAUGAGUUGGACCAGACCCUGGAGGAGUUCAAAGCCCAGUUUGGCGACAAGCCCAGCGAAGGGAGACCCCGGCGGACAGACCUCACCGUGUUGGUGGCCCACAACGAUGACCCCACCGAUCAGAUGUUUGUCUUCUUCCCAGGUGAGGCGAUGGCAUUCACCAAAAGGUUUGACUCUCUUUCGACUGCUGGUUUGAUUGUGUCAUCUUCUUCCUAGGCUUGGCUAGCUUUCUCUUUUUUCUUUCAACAGGAUGUGCUUUAGUUUUUAUUUUUGGAGCUUUUUAUUUUGACAAAGUAAUAAUCAUAAGCAAGAAUAAAAAUGUGCAUCCCACCACUGAGACCAUUCCGUUGUAACUGUCCAGCCUCCCAGAAUUUCAGCACCUCUUGUGAUGCUUUGACCCCUUUCCGUUUUAACAGCACACAUUCUACGAACACCCUCCAUAUCUCCUCAAAAUCAUUUCUCCUGCGUAUUUUCCAUCUUACCUUAAUGGCGCAUGUUAAUUUAUCAUUCAUAGCUGUAUCCCACACUUCUUUAUACCAUUCUUCCAUUUUAUAUUCUGCUUGCCCUUUCUACUUCCUAGCUAUAAUAAUUCGUGCAGUUGUCAGUAAACAUGUGAGAAAGUCCUUCAUAGCCUGCAAACCUUCCAUCCCAUCGUAAAUUGAUAAUAACAAUAAUAAUAAUAAUAAUAAUUUUUAUUUAUAUCCCGCCCUCCCCAGCCGAAGCUGGGAUCAUGGCGGCUAACAACAAUAAAAUAGUACAAUAUUCUAAAAUCAUUCCAUUAUAAAAUUAAUUCAACUCAAAAUGAUGGCAACCGUUAGGCUAAAGUUCUGUGAAGAUUGCCAAAGGAGGGAGUCAGGGUGUGCCCUGGCCAAAGGCCUGGAGGAACAGCUCCAUCUUGCAGGCCCUGCGGAAAGAUGUCAAGUCCCGCAGGGCCCUAGUCUCUUGUGACAGAGCGUCCCACCAGAUCGGAGCCAAAGCCGAAAAAGCCCUGGCUCUAGCUGAGGCCAGCCUAACCUCUCUGUGGCCUGGGACCUUCAAGAUGUUUUUAUUUGAAGACCGUAAGUUUCUCUGUGGGGCAUACAAGGAGAGGCGGUCCCGUAGGUACGAGGGUCCUAGACCGUAUAGGGCUUUAAAGGUUAAAACCAGCACCUUAAACCUGAUCCUGUACUCCACCGGGAGCCAGUGCAGCUGGUAUAGCACCGGGUGAAUGUGAUCCUGCAGCGAGGACGCUGCAUUCUGCACCCGCUGGAGUUUCUGGGUCAGUCUCAAGGGCAGCCCCACGUAGAGCGAGUUACAAUAAUCCAGUCUGGAGGUGACCGUCGCGUGGAUCACAGUGGCUAGGUCAGGGCGAGAGAGGUAAGGAGCCAACUGCUUAGCUUGGUGGAGAUGAAAAAAUGCUGCCUCUGGACUUUCGGUCAGCUUUAACCCAGUGAUUUCUGCUCAUUUGCCUUCAGUAGCAGUAAAGCUCUGCUGGGUGAAAUACAAUUGCCUCUGGUCUAUUUUCGGGGAAUCCUGCAACGUGUUUAAGUUGUUACUCUGCUAACUUAUACACUGGAAACUACUCCGGAUCAAUAUUAAGUAGAAUUUACAUGACAUUUCUCCCCGCCCCCCCGCAAGAAAGGUUUUCAUGUAUCAUUAAGGGAUGAGCUUUUGCUGAAAAGGGGACUCAUUCUUCUCAGUUGUGGGGGGAGAAGGUCGCCCCAAAAUGAAAAGUUGGAAUCAUCGCAUAGGUAACUCAGUGACUGCAAGAACUUGUCAGAAACCUUGCCCCCCAAAAAAACCAAAAAAAGCAUUGCAGGUAUUGGAGAAUUGCUGUUUAAUUAUUAUUAUUAUUAUUAUUAUUAUUAUUAUUAUUAUUAUUUAUACCCCACCCUCCCCAGCCAAGGCCGGGCUCAGGGCGGCUAACAAGCAAUAAUAAAAACAAGUUGAAUGAAUACAACUUAAAAACAAUAUUAAAAUACAACAUUAAAAUAUCAAAACAUUAAAAUAUUAAAUGCAGCCUCAUUACAGGAGGAGAAAGUAAAAAGAAAAAAGAAAGAGGGGGAGGGAAUCAAAUUGGCUCCAAGACAAAGGCCAACUCUGACUUACAGGCCCUGCGGAAAGAAAUCAUAUCCUGCAGGGCCCUGGUCUCAUGAGGCAGAGCGUUCCACCAGGCCGGAGCCAGUGUUGAAAAAAGCCCUGGCUCUGGUUGAGGCUAAUCUGACUUCCUUAGGGCCCGGGACCACUAGGGUGUUGCUAUUUAUGGACCUUGAGGCUCUCCGUGGGGCAGACCGGGAGAGGCGGUCCCGUAGGUACGAGGGUCCUAGGCCGUGAAGGGCUUUAAAGGUCAAAAGCAGCACCUUAAACCUGACCCUGUACUCCACCGGGAGGUUCAGUUUAGACUGUUUCUCUGCUAACUCUGCAUUGGAAUCUACUCUGGAUCAAUAUCGAGUAGAAUUUCAAUGACAACGCUGUAUGUGCACCUUCUCAGAUGCCUCUUCGCCGUCACACUGAGGUCUGGAAGCUUGUCUUGUUUUAUUACGAAAUGAGAGUCACCUGUUGGCUUUAGAGAGGGUGGUGGUGAGGACAAAUUACCAUUUUUUUUGCUCUAUAAGACUCACUUUUUCCCUCCUGAAAAGUAAGGGGAAAUGUGUGUGCGUCUUAUGGAGCGAAUGCAGGCUGCGCAGCUAUCCCAGAAGUCAGGAACAGCAAGAGGGAUUGCUGCUUUCACUGCGCAGCGAUCCCUCUUGCUGUUCUGGCUUCUGGGAUUCAGAAUAUUUUCCCCCUUGUUUUCCUCCUCCAAAAACUAGGUGCGUCUUGUGGUCUGGUGCGUCUUAUAGAGCGAAAAAUGCGGUAUUUUCUCACGCCAACCGUGCCGUUUUCUUCCCUUUCAGAGGAGCCGAAGGUUGGGAUUAAGACCAUUAAGAUGUACUGCCAACGGAUGCAGGAGGAAAACAUCACCCGGGCCCUCAUCGUGGUACAACAGGGCAUGACUCCAUCAGCUAAACAGGUAGCCAAGUCCGGCUGCGCGGUGUCCAGCCCAGAGGGCACAGUUGGCGCUAGUUUGGGCAUGAGACGUUCGGUGGGCAGCGAACCUUCGCAGGCGAAGAAAUACCGUACUUUUCUGUGUAUAAAACAAGGGGGCUUUUUUACUCCAAAAGAAUGCUAAAAAUCGGGGGUCGUCUUUUUCAUUUUAUUUUAAUGAAUUUUAUUAGUAUUUUCCACACAAGAACAACACGAUAGAUAUCAAAAGAUAACAAUACAGAACACACGAAAAUCAACAUUCGAAAACUAAAAAAGACAACGAAAACAAAACAAACAAACAAAUCCAUAUUUUGCAAGUUAAUAUUAUAAACAGUAAAACAACCACAACAAAACAUUGACUUCCACCAAUCCCACAGCACCUGCUUUAUCUCUCAUUCUGUCUUCCUGCUUUCUUUAUCAUCUCUAUCCUAACAUCUAGAUAUAAAUCCUUCUUUCAUAUCCUUUCACUUCACAAGGUUAUUCCAGACUCAGCCAGAUUUCUGCCCUCGAACCUUGGCUUUUGAGGUAUUCAUUUAGGCGCUCCCAUUCUUUUUUUACUUCCCUUUUUGGUUUUUGUCUUAUUAUAUCUGUCAAUUUGGCUAAUUCUAAGUAUUCUGAGAGCUUACAUAGCCACUCUCCCCUUGUGGGUAUCGGGGGUCGUCUUACACGCAGAUAGUGCAGAGGGUGGACGGGCGAUUUGUUUCAGCCGCCAGCAGCCGCUCGUCACCGGUCCUCGGGUGUGUGAUUGGUGGCUGCGGCAAGGGCUGCUUAGGAUUGGCCGUCGCUGCCACAAUUGGGCGGGCAAUUCUUGGCAAGCUGAGAGGUGCUUGUUUGCUUUGGUGGCACGUGCGAAUCUCAGCGUUUGCGAGUCGGGUGAGUGGUUUUCGGCAUCCCCCUCCCCGCCCCCCGAAACAGCUCGACAACUAAGGGCAAUCCUUCCCCCAGGAAAAGUUCAACAACUCUGGGCCAUCUCCCCCCAUUUUCUUAAAUUGUAGCCCCCCAAAAUAGGGGGCGUCUUAUACACGGGGACGUGUUAUACACGGAAAAAUCUGGGACCUUGCUGCAGGUUAUUCCCCGCCCCUUUGUGCCGAUGUUAUUUGGUUCAGGGGUUGCUAACCUAGUGCCUAAGGGACGCAGGUGGCGCUGUGGCUUGCUGAUCAGAAGGUCGGAGGUUCGAAUCCCCGCAACGGGGUGAGCUCCCGUUGCUCGGUCCCUGCUCCUGCCCACCUAGCAGUUCGAAAGCACGUCAAAGUGCAAGUAGAUCAAUAGGUACCACUCCGGUGGGAAGGUAAAACAGCGUUUCCGUGUGCUGCUCUGGUUCGCUUAGUCCUGCUGGCCACAUGACCCGUUGCUCGGUCCCUGCUCCUGCCAACCUAGCAGUUCGAAAGCUCAUUUUCCUUUGUUCUGCUUAUCUACUGCCAAGGGGGUGGGGGGUGGGGAGGAAGCUGAUUCCGUGAAGCCUGACAUUAGCUUAUCUCGCUUCUCCUCCCGCUCUUUUUCAGUCUCUCGUAGACAUGGCUCCCAAGUACAUCCUUGAGCAGUUCCUUCAGCAAGAGCUGCUGAUCAACAUCACUGAACACGAGGUGAGGCGUCUCCUCCGUGUGAUUUAACGCUGUGUAAAUGCUGCUUUGGCAACAGAAAGCUUCCAGGAUGAGAACGAAACCAAAACCGAUGCUCUGGGCUGUUUUAAAACGGUGGUUCUGAAAGUGGGCGUUGGGAUUUCGGGGGGUGCUAAGUGAGGCUCCUUACGGGAUCCUUGCCACGGGAUCGCAUUCAUCCAGUGCUUUACCAGCUGCACUAGCUCCCGGUGGAGUACGGGGUCAGGUUUAAGGUGCUGGUUUUGACCUUUAAAGCCCUAUGCUGCCUAGGACACUCGUACCUACGGGACCACCUCUCCCGGUAUGCCCCACGGAGGACCUUAAGGUCCCCAAAUGACAACACUUUGGAGGUCCCAGGUCACAAGGUGGUUAGACUGGUCUCAACUAGGGCCAGGGCCUUUUCAGUACUGGCCCCGACUUGGUGGAACGCUCUGUCACAAGAGACUAGGGCCCUGCGGGACUUGAUAUCUUUCCUCAGGGCCUGCAAGACAGAGCUGUUCCGCCUGGCCUUUGGUUUGGACUCAGUCUGACCCUUACGUUUCCUUCCCCUUAUGGUCUUGAUCUAUCGGCUACUUUAAAAAGAGGCUGCAUUUUAAAUUGCAUUUUAACCUGUAUUUUAAAUUGGUUUUUCUUUUAUUUCUCCCCCCCCUCUUUUUUCUCCUAUGUUUUUACUGUGAUUUUAUUGGUGUUAGCCACCCUGAGCCCGGCUCUGGCUGGGGAGGACGGGGUAUAAAUCAAAAUUAUUAUUACUAUUAUUAUUAGAGGCAAGGAGGCCUCUUAGGCCUCACGUUUUGGAAAGAAUCUUGGAGUUGGAAGGGGCCCAAGGGUCAUCUAGUCCAACCCGCUGCAAUGCAGGAAUCUCAGCUAAAACAUCCAUGGCAGAUGGCCGUCCAACCUCUGCUUAAAAACCUCCAAGGAAGGAGAGACCGCCACCUUCCACCCCACGGUCGAACAGCUCUGACCGUUGGGAAGUUCUCCCUGAUGUAGAGUCAGAAUCUCCUUCCUUGUAACUUGAAGCCAUGUGUUCGAGUCCUGCACCUCCAGAGCAGGAAAAAACAAGCGUGUUUCCUCUUCCAUGUGGCAGCCCUUGAGAUAUUGGAAGACGGCUGUCGUAUCUCCUCUCAGUCUCCUCUUUUCCAGGCUAAAGGGCCACCCGUUUUGUUGAAUUAAUCACACAGAAUGGUUCCGGUUGGAUUUGGAAUAAAAGUGCAAUUAAUUGUUACCGUUUUGAAUCUUACUGUGUUAUCUUCCUUACUGGGUUGUGCAAGCAGUUAUCCUGAAAUACGUGAUUUAGCAGAGUAACUUAGAAGUGUCACCCCACCAGAAAACAAAAUGUAUUCAUGCCAGAUAAGUCCGCUGUGGAACAUUUGUUUCCCUGUAGGACACAAAAACGGCCUCCAUUCUUACCCAAGUUGUUUCUCUGCCUAACGGGUUGAAAGAGCUUUCUGUGCACCAAAAGUGACUAGCUGUGUCCUCAUCCUGUUUUUUGCCUGUGUCCUGACCUACCUGAAGGAGCAUCUCCACCCCCAUCGUUCAGCCCGGACACUGAGGUCCAACUCCGAGGGCCUUCUGGCGGUUCCCUCCCUGCGAGAAGCCAAGUUACAGGGAACUAGGCAGAGGGCCUUCUCGGUGGUGGCACCCGUCCUGUGGAACGCCCUCCCACCAGAUGUCGAAGAGAAAAACAACUACCAGACUUUUAGAAGACAUCUGAAGGCAGCCCUGUUUAGGGAAGCUUUUAAUGCUUAAUAGGUUAUUGUAUUUUAGGUUCUGUUGGAAGCCGCCCGGAGUGGCUGGGUAUAAAUAAUAAAUUAUUCUUAUUCUACCUUUCUUUCUUUCCGUCUCUGCAGCUUGUUCCGGAGCAUGUUGUCAUGACCAAAGAGGAGGUAACCGAGUUACUGGCUCGAUAGUAUCCUUCUUUCGUUCUCCUGCCUAUCCUCGUAGGUCUCAAAAGUCAUGUUAAGUUAAGGUAAAGGGGACCCCUGACCAUUAGGUCCUGUCGUGACUGACUCUGGGGUUGUGGCGCUCAUCUCGCUUUACUGGCCGAGGGAGCCGGCGUACAGCUUCCGGGUCAUGUGGCCAGCAGGACUAAGCCGCUUCUGGCGAACCAGAGCAGCGCACGGAAACACCGUUUACCUUCCCGCCGGAGCGGUACCUAUUGAUCUACUUGCACUUUGACGCGCUUUCGAACUGCUAGGUGGGCAGGAGCAGGGACCGAGCAACAGGAGCUCACCCCGUCAUUGCGGGGAUUCGAACCGCCGACCUUCUGAUCGGCAGGUCCUAGGCUCUGUGGUUUAACCCACAGCGCCACCCGCACCCCAAAAGCCAUGUUACAAAAAUACACAAGGAAGAUAAUUAACACUGACACUAACCCCUGUACCACACAGCUUCUGUGUUGAUUUCUUCAUCCCCUUUUGCCCUCCGAAUGUGGCCCUCGGAAGGGAGCGUGGCCCUCGGGCCAAAAGGGAUCCCCCCCUCCGCCCUGGUCUGACGCUAGUUGUCACGAGCCAGGACAUGAAUGAGUUCAGCUUCUCCCCGAAUCGAACCUGGCUUGUUACACUUUGCCUUCUUUCUUCCCGGGGAGGUGAAACGGAUGGAUUGCUUUCCCUUAACUGCUUUAUCCCAGUAAGCUCCGAGAGAACCAGCUCCCCAGGAUACAGGCCGGGGACCCGGUGGCUCGCUACUUUGGAAUCAAGCGAGGCCAGGUAAGGACUUGCGGACAGGCCACACAUGAAUCGAAGGGGAUGGGACCAGUUCAUGGGCUCUCCAUUGCUCUACAGCAACUCCCAAGAGACUGCGAUCUACUCAUAGAAUUAAAAACUGGCAGUUGGCAGUGAUCUAAAAACUGGGGUUCAGGUCAAAGUUGAUGACCUUUUUUUAGGGAGGAGGAAAAGCCCCGUUUUUACCUGUUGGACAUGCUUGUUUUACAGUCAUGGGAAGGAGAACCACGUUAAGAUCUGUUCUGAGUUAAUUUAAAGGGGGUGGGGGGCUUAGUCUCAUUUUUUUUAACUACUGAAAUUAGCUGCCAUCACCACUGCCAACAGAUUCCAAUAUAUAUUACGCGUGUAUUGUGUGAAAAAGGCUACUGGCUCUCUUCCUGCCUUCUCCCAAAUCAGUACCUGAUUUUGAAACCAGUACCUGCUUUCUCCCAAAUCAGUACCUGAUUUUGAGAACUGCCUUCUUCCAGGUGGUGAAGAUCAUCCGUCCCAGCGAGACGGCCGGACGGUAUAUCACCUACCGGCUGGUGCAGUAGCCGGCAAAACUACUUCGCAAGGUACUCUUAUCUCCUUACCUUAAGAGGAAAUAUGGGCGGCCUCAUUUCAGAGAGAUCUUCUUUGCUGAGAAACGCUUCUUUGACAGAUUUUGAACAGCAUACCUAACAAGAUACCAACACUUCUAUAUUGCCUCGUGGUUCCGUCAAUUUUCCGUGCAGCGCGGAGACGGCAAACCUGCCUUCCCAGUCACCGCGAGGAUUGGAAUUUGAGGUGUAUGUGUUUGUGUCUCUUCUGGAAAGCCCAGGUCAGUGGGAGUCUUCUUGGACAGACGAUUGCUGCUUCGAACUACCCAAACUUCUAGAUCUCAUGGUCUGAAGUGGAACCGGUUGCUAACUUCACAAUAAGCACCCUGCUGAUAAUUCCACCCCCAGCUGAACUGGGCCCGGGGAUAUUUUGCUUACACUGAUGGGGUGGCCUGGAAGCGGUUUUUGGCUAUGUGCUUUGGAUGUAGAAGCCUGGAUGGAGGAUUUGUGUGGAGGCCUCUCUGCCUUUAGAGUGUGCUUGCAGUAAACCGUUUGUGAGAAAAAGGGUUUUCUGGACUCCUGAGAACGUCCCUCUUCCCUUCUCUGUUUUGCUGAUCACCGCUGGGGAAAAUCCGCCUCUCUCAAAAGGAGCCUCGACUGUCUUAAUAAGGUUAUCAUUUCAAUAAAGCGUUAGAACUAAUAA